UGAUUGUUGACAUGUUUUAUUCCCUAAAAACCGGGUUUCUUUCUUUCUUUCUUUCUUGUACGUGUCUUUGUUUUGACUCUGUUAGUAGAUUAGGCAUGCUGCCAUGGUUGUAUUGUAUUGGCCAGGUGCAAGGCAUUCUAAACCAACACCAUUAUGGCCUCAGUUGGCAGGACAUCCUUUACCAAUUGCCUUUCUCUGUUUAUUUCCUAAGACUCAAACUGCUACUUCAACCUUGCUACCACCUGAGUCACAUGAGUCACAGUUGAGGUAUCAAAAAAAAAACCAAUGAAUGGACAGCUUCAAGUUUUUGUUGUUGUUUUUGUUUUUGGCAUACUAAUAUUCCCAAACCCAGAUUUUUUAAUCUUUCAAAUUUCAUUAAAUUUGUCUCUCUCAUUUUCUGAGCAAUUUAAUAGGGCCUUGGAAGAAGAAGAAUAAACAAAGCACCUUGACAUACUCAAUACACCUAAACAAUAAGGAGAUACUAUAUAAUAUGUUUGAAAGUAUACUAGCCAGCCAGGACCCUUGAGGUGCUCUUCCCUGGUCUCAAAAAUGAAGCAAUCAGACGGUCAGAUUUGCAGGUAUACAUCUUAGAUGUGCAUCCAUAGAUUGCAAGAUUAAGCUCUACUUAUUCUUACUGAUAUGGUGCUCUUGCACCAAAUUCUUAUAAGUUAAUGUAUCUGAUAGAUUCUCUUAAACCAGUUGGAGCUUUUAACAUUUCAAUUUUUUGUGACAAGACAUAGUUGAUAGGUAUUACUAUUGCCUUUGUGUAUUUUUAAUGCAGCUCAGCACCCUUCUUCUCGACCAUGCUUUUUUUUUUCUUUUUUUUUUAACGAGAAAAAAGUUUAGGGGGAGAUUGGCUACUCUCAAUCUCUACCAUGCUUUCAUUGUUGCUGUAUAUGCUCUAAUUACUUAGCUUUGAAGUGAUGGAAAUUAUACGAAUGACAUCAAAAGCAUCAGGCAAGAAAAAGGGAUGCAGAGGAAUACAAUAUACAUUUAGAAAGAAAAUCUACAUUUUUUAUGAAUGAGGAAAAAAAGAAGAUUAAGUUAGCCGACUUAUUGGGAUAUGCAUCUUUAAGUUGGAUCUAACUUGAGCUUUUUUGUAAUUUCUUUGAAUGACAACUAAGUGGAACGCAAGAAUGGACCAAUUGAACUAUUAUCAAGCUGGUGUUAUCUAUCUAUGUAAAUAUCUGUCAUCUUUUUGUUCUGUUUCUCAUUUCAAAGUCUACAACAAGUGGCUGGUUCCUUCCAUCCAACUGAUUUCACCAAUUCUAAGAGAUGAGAAUCAAUGAAAGAAAAGGUAUUAAAAAAACACUUCGAAAAUAAAAAUUUUGAGGCAGAGAGGCAGCUCCUUCAAGAAGAGCUUGGUUAGUUUAGCAUUAGAGCUCUUCAGCCAAGGAGAUGAGCAAGAAUAGUUUAUUGGGGUUUUAGAGAAUGGGAGACACGGAAACAGCCUCCACGUUCCCCUCAUAUCUUACUUCCUUUAUUUAUUGCUCUCUUCUCUCUCUCUCUCUCUCUCUCUCUCUCUCUCUCUCUCUCAUGUUACAAGCCUCCUAUUGACAAAAUGUUGUGUCCCUCCCCAAGGAAUAAAUAUAUACCCCUUUCCUCUCUUGUGAAGCUCCAUAAAUACUCUUAUCUCCAUUCCUAAGUCUCUCUCUCUCUCUCUCUCUCUGUCUCUCUCUCUUCUGUUUACACCACUGUCUUGAUAACAGCUCAAGGAGGGCUCUCUCUUUCAAGUGUUUAUGUGAUCAUGGGAAUUCAGAAGCCUGCGUGGUUGGAAGCCCUCUAUACUCAGAAGUUCUUUGCCGGUUGCUCCUAUCAUGAAACCGCUAAAAAGAAUGAAAAGAAUAUCUGUUGCUUGGAUUGUUGCAUCAGUAUAUGCCCCCAUUGUCUGCCAUCCCAUCGUUUUCAUAAGCUCCUUCAAAUUCGUCGUUAUGUAUACCAUGAUGUUGUCCGAUUGGAAGAUCUUCAAAAGCUCAUAGACUGUAAGAAUGUUCAGGCAUAUACAAUCAAUAGUGCCAAAGUGGUGUUCAUCAAGAAAAGACCUCAGAACAGGCAAUUCAAGGGUUCUGGAAACAACUGCACUUCCUGUGACAGAAGUCUUCAAGAACCUUAUAUCCAUUGCUCUCUCGGAUGCAAGGUGGACUAUCUCCUUAAAUUGAACAAGGACCUCUCUCCUUUCCUAAAGAAAUGCAACUCUCUUCAACUCAGUCCUGACUUCUUGGUUCCUCUUUCUGAUACCGGAGACGAGGAGAUGACGAGUGAUCAGACCAACCCUCAUUCUACAAUUGUGGACUGCGAUGACCCGAUGAGCUCAUCAUCAUCCGGGUCAUCAGGGUCCGAGAACAUGAGCAUGAGCAUGAACAUGGGAUACAGACAUCAUGAGAUUGUCCGGAAGAAGAGAAGUGGACUGAAUUAUGCUUCAUUGUGCGGAAGAUCAGCUCAUAAAGUUUCAGACGAGGACAUGGCCUCGAGCAUGAUCAGUAGGAGAAAACGCAUUCCUCAUAGAUCUCCUCUGUGUUAGCAACAAAAAAAAAAAAAAAAGAAGAAAAAAACCACAAAACUUAAACUUACUAUUUUGUCACUACAAUUUUCAAUUUAAUUGACUGAACUGAACCAUUCAAAUGCUUUGAUUAAUUAAUUCAUUACUUUAGCUCUCUCUGUCUCUCUCGAAUUUGAAGUUUAAUUUUGUUAAUUAAUCACUUGGUCGGGGUGUUUUGUCUUAAUGUGAUCACGUGGUUCCCAGUUCCAAGUUAUAUUGUUUUGUACAUUUUUUAUAUAACUCUUUUAACUCAUACUAUAUUUA